AGCAAUUUUAAAAAUGGAUGAAAUUGAAUAUAAAUUAAAGAAAAAUAAUUCAAUAUUGGCUGCACACUCAAUUACAAAAUUAAUUGAUAUUAUUCGUAAUAAAUAUAUUGCUCAACAGAAUAUUUCAACGGAGCAACGAGUAGAAAUAGUAGAAUUGAAAGUAUUACGUGAAAAAUGUAGCGAUGAUCAGAAUAUUGUUAGUUUAACAGCUUGUCAAGCGAUGGUUCAUUUAGUGGACGAAGGUUUUUUACAAGUUGCACCCACCUUAUCCGAUUUUAUUGCGGCUUUAUCGUCAACAAACAAUUAUACAGGGAUAAUUCAAGGAAUAGGAAGCUUACUUCUUCAUGACAUGGUUCGUCAAAUGAAUGAUAAAAAGGAGUAUGAGUGUUCAUUUUCAAUAUCCUCGCCGCAGCAUCCAUUAAUAACAGUUUUACGUCAGCACAAAAGUACUUGGAGUCAUGUAAUCAAUCAAAUUCAAUAUUUAUUUUAUCAUCACGAUCAAAAAAUUGUUAAGAACAGCUUUAUCCUUUUACGGCCUGUAAUUAUGUACAUUUUAUGUGAUCCUUGUAUCGAUGCACCAGAAAAAUGUCGUUCCGAAGUAUGGAAUAUACUCAUACGUUUGUCUUCAAAAUCGAAUGUACAAGAAUAUAUUUUGGAUUUGUUGCCAUGGAUUCAAAGUCCAGAAUCACUUUUAUUCAAAGCAAACUUAAUAUUGGAAUUGAUUGAAACAGCUUAUAUUAAAAAUAUAACACCCUUAUACAUUGGACUUCUACCAUAUUUGGCUUCAUUAACACAUGAAAUUAUAGCACAAGGAGAAGAUCCACGUCCAUAUUUAUCAACAAUUAAUAAAAUUAUUUCGGAGAGCAGAACAACUGAAGCCAAUAAUUAUAUUUUAUUUAUAUUCUGUGAGACUUUAGUAAUAUGCCCAUCAAUGUAUUUAGAACACCUAGUACGAAUGUGUUCAAAGAUAAUCAAACUGGGUAAUAUAAAUCCCAUAAUAUGUGAAAUGGUGAUAGCAUCGUUCCUACAAUGGAUGAUAUACCCAUCGAUUAUUUUAAAAACAUCUUUGGAUAUUGCACACGAUACAAUCAAAUAUAUUCAUAAAAAUUAUAAAAUUGAUCAAAAAGCCGAAAAUAUCUUAAAAAUUAUCUCAAAUAAAUGGCUUAUAGCGUCCACAAAAACUGAUGCACGUGUACAGCGUGUCACAAUGUUAAUAAAACUAUGUGAAUCAUUUCGUGUGUCACAAAAAUUAAUUGUUGCAUGGCUAAAACGAAUUUUAACAUGUGAACGUAUUAUGGAAAAAAUUCUACCAUUAAUACUUGGUAUUUUCAUUACGGAUUACAAUAAUUCGGAAUUAAGUGAAACCAUAUUAAAGAUAUUGCUAAUUGUUGUUAAAUUUAAUUCCGAAUUGGGUGCGAAAGUAUUGAUUUUAAUUUUACAUAAAUUAUCCAAAGAGCAUAAUCCAAAAAUACAAUUGUUAUUGUUGAAUAGUAUACCAGAAAUGGCUGUACUGAAAGAGAAUGUACCGUUAGUGGCGCAUACAUUAGAGUCGUUGGAAAAUGGACCACGUGAUUUACAAGGCAUGUCUAUUGAUUUGUAUACAAAAUUAUGGAAAAUUGAAGUGCGAUGUUAUCCAUACUUGCAACGUGUUUUGUUACAAACGCCAAAAAAUCAGAAUCUAUCUACGGAAUUGGAUAUUGUUAAAGCUACAGCACUUAAAGAAAUAUGUUUAUUAAGACCUGAACACCAUGGAACUGAAGUGGUUUCGUUGUUAUCAAAUAUUUUAAAUCGUUGUGGUGACAAUAACGGCAGUUUAGCCUCAUCUUUAGCACUAGAAGGUAUUGCAGCUUUAUGCAAAACUAGUAUUGUUGAUGUUGGAAGUACAUGGAAAGCUUUAUCACCAAAAUUGAGUAAAGAUAAACGACCAUUAGUGAUAUCUAGUUUAUGUAAAUUAUUUAGUGAGGUACCAGCGUUAAGAGUACCUUCCCACGAAUAUGAUAAUCUCGAGCAUGAAGUUAUCGCUAAAUUAUGGUCAUAUGUGAUAUCAAGCGAUGAUACGGAAAUUAUAAAGGCGGCAUUUCACGCAUUAUCAGCGUUUAACAUACAAAAUUUCACGUUAAAAGAAAUUCCACAACAAUUUUCACAGAAUUUGAAAUUACCAGCACAAUAUACGAAAACACCAAUUGAUGCAAUGAGAAAACCGGAAGAUGUUUUACUUUACAUACCAGGUGAAUGUUGGAUCCAAUUGUUGCAAAAUGUGAAUGAAAAAGGUUUAGAUGCUGCUUGCAAUUAUUUAAUUUCAUGCGUAAAGGAAGAAAUAUCCGAAUAUCGAAGUAAAGUUUAUAGCGUUCAGCAUGGACAAGGUGAACCCUUUAAUUACAAUGCAAAUUUACCUGCAAAAAGUAUAGUUCGUGCCCUUGCCACGUAUAUAAUACACAAGGCAGCAAAUACGAUAGACAAUUCGAAACGCGAUAUAACUACAUAUUGCUUAAGAAUAUUAAGUCAAGAUUAUGAUAAGCCAUUACCACCAUUAAAUUGGUGUUUUCUCCAUGAAUUAUUUCACUUGGGUAUUGUCGAAAGAAAAUUGUGUAUUAUUUUAACAGCGAAACAAAGUAUUACGUCUGGAACAGCUCAACGUUUUAUAGAAAAUUACGUUGUUACUUUUCAAGAUUUUGAGCAAAAUGAAGAAGAAAUGUUAACUUUGUAUUCAGUACUUCGUCAUCUAGCUAAAACUGUACAACCCAGUUCAUUAAAAGAAUUUCUCGAUAAAUCAUUUAAAUAUGCUUUUGAAAAACCUCAAACAAUGUUGAUAAAAACAUUGUUCAGUUUACUCAAAGACACUUUAUUAGAUUCAACAAUACAUGAAGCGAAUCGAAAUUUAAUAUCACAAUUAUUAGAAUUGUAUUUGGAUAAAAUUCAAUCAGAAGAUGAGAUAUUUGAAAAUUACACAGAUUGUAUUAUAGAACUUUCUCAAGUUUAUAUCGAAAGAAUGACAUCACCCACAGUUUGGUGGGAAGUAAACGAAGAAAAAUUACGAAAAGCAAUUUUAAUACGCAAAAAGAUGGCGUUACGCACAGAUAUAGAAAAACCAUUAGUCUGGUUUAACGAGUGUAUUGAUGCUGUAAUGUCAUAUCCAAGUCAACAAAUUUUUACAUUACGUCAAAUUUAUGAUGUAUUAUGUAAGAAUAAAAAGGAAGCAACUAUUAUGGAUUGGUAUUUGGAAUUAAUGGGCCGUAUUCAAUCAAUUUUACUGGAUAAAGAGAUUACACAAUCAGCAAUUGAGUUCUUUUGUGAUAUAUUCAUUUUGGUUGUAAUCACUGUUGCUGAGUAUAAUUGUUUGACGGUUUCAGAUGAUACAAUCAUUAUAUCUAGAGAAAUACGAAUGUCGUUGUUACCACAGGCUACUCUACAGCUUUUAGAAUCUUCUCAAUGGGAAUCAACAAUUGAGGAGACAAUUGACUUCUACUUACAUAUGAUGUCAGCUAAUAUAAUAUCAAACUUGUAUAAAAAUAUGUUUCGAGAUGGUUUAAUUGCCUUAAAAUAUGCCAAACACUUUAAGAAGCAUUCGAUUUGGAUGCGAUGUUUAACGAAAGUUUUAUAA